ACAUGUGGCAACAACUAGUACUGAUAGUUCUAAGCUGCUUGGCCGCCACCAUCCAACACGGGACUGCAGAGCGCAUACGGUACGACGACUAUCAGGUCUAUCAGCUGCAACCGCAGACGACAGCUCAAUUAGACACCGUCAAGACGCUUGACGGUUCUAGCGACUCGUACCUCUUUGUGGAUCCAGUACAUUAUUUGGGUACUAAAAUUAAUGUCCUCGUUGCACCACAACGUGUCACCGAUUUUUUAGCUACACUGCAGCAAAGCGAUAUUUCAUAUGAAUUGGUGGACGAGAAUGCACAGAAAAGUUUGGAUUUGGAAGAGCUCGUAGCUGAUCCCAAUCGAAGACGCGGUGAAUACACUUGGACGGAAUAUCAUGAGCUGAACGAUACAUACGCUUGGUUGCGUUCACUACCUGAAAAAUAUCCUGAGCAAGUGAGUGUAUUUGUUGCGGGUCGGUCGUAUGAAGGACGUGAAAUAUUAGGCGUAAAGAUCUCGUAUGCCAGCAGUGUCGAUGGUGCAACAAAACGUGGUAUUUUCAUUGAGGGCGGCAUGCAUGCACGUGAGUGGAUUAGUCCCGCUACCACAACUUACAUCAUUAAUCAGUUGCUCACCAGCUCGAAUGCGGAUGUACGCAAAAUAGCGGAGAGUUUUGAUUGGUAUGUGGUACCCCAUGCCAACCCUGAUGGCUUUGUGUAUACACAUACCACCAAUCGCAUGUGGCGUAAAACGCGUACGCCAUACAACGGCUGCUUUGGCGCAGAUCCCAAUCGUAAUUGGGGUUUCCAUUGGAAUGAAGUCGGUGCAAGCAGUAAUGCUUGCUCAGAUACAUAUGCCGGACCUAGGGCAUUCUCAGAGAUUGAAACGCGCACGCUCUCUGAAUACAUUAGCACAUUGAGGGGAAAAUUAGUUUUGUAUUUGUCAUUCCAUUCAUAUUCUCAACUGUUACUCUUCCCUUAUGGGCAUACCAGUGAGCUGCCGCCCAAUUAUAAGGACUUGAAGCGCGUAUUUGAUGUUGGAGUGACAGCUGUUUCGAAACGGUAUGGCACAAGAUAUACUGGCGGUAACGUGUAUGAUGCCAUAUAUCCCGCUGCGGGCGCCAGCCUUGAUUGGGCUUAUGGCAAGUUGGAGGUACCCUACUCAUAUUGCUUUGAACUGCGUCCUUCGGGUUCAUAUUUAUGGAGUGGAUUCCGUUUACCAGCCGAACAAAUUAUACCCACUGGUGAGGAGAUAAUGGAUUCCAUGUUGGCGAUGAUCAAGGAGAUAGGUACUUUGUCGAUGUUGUAA